UAGUCUUUGAUAAUUUCGUAAUAAUUUAAAAGUUAUUUCAUAACAUUUUAUAAUAAAAAUCAAAUUAAAUAGAUAUAUUUUGUCUACACAUUUUGUAUACAGGAACACUGUGCAUAUGGUUAUUUUUACCAUGCGCACACGCAGAGUUUAAGCCACGAGCACGCGACAAAUUUAAAAUUAUUCGUCCUUUGACUUUUGAACAGAGUCCUUUAUUGGUAGAGAAGAGAUACAAUUUACAUUUAAACUAGUAUAGUUAUGGACUGCAAAAAUAGGCAUUAUAACAAUGUAAAUUGUUCUAAUUUUUGAAUGAAUAUUUGUGAUCUCAAGUAUUUAGGUAACGGGGUAGGAGUUCGGUGAACUUUUAUUGAAUACGCAGCGAAUACAUCUAAAAAUAUUGUGUUGUGGUGACUAACACUGACCGCGUAGAAAUCCAGGCAUCCUGGCCAUUGCUCAUUCUUGUUCAUUUCAGUUACGGGCUGAACAUUGCGAAAAAUAAGCGAAAAAUCCGAUUCGAUAGUUUAAAAUAUUUUAAAAGUGUCUAGACAUAAGUUAUUAUAUUGUAAUUGUGCGAUGAACCGUGUGCCGACUAUAGUGCGAGUGACGCCGGGUGGAGGGGCUGGUGGUGGCAAAGGCAUCAAGUGCUGCUGCUGUCGAUGCUGUGAAUGUAUCAAUUUUGGAUACCUAACUAGCCAACAUGGUCUUAUCAAGUUAGCUGAAGCUAUGCUAGGUGGACUAUGCCAGAGCCUGCUAGUUAAGUAUGGCAUGUCCGAAGCUAGUACUAUGGGAUCAGCGUUCCACAGUUUUUUGACCACGGCCUCCGCCUGCCUCCUUACCACUGCUCUUCUCAUCACUUGCUACGUUCUGUCUUCUAAUUCACAACAACUCAUACGGCAAUCGAUUUUUGAGUGCUUGUUCAACGCAGUAGCUUGUUUUCUCUAUCUCUCGGCUUCUUCAUAUAUGGGUGUAGCAGUGAACAUAUACCUAUAUACCCGUUAUACAUCCAUCAGCAUGUAUGCAGCAUACCCGGCAAUGACUGCAGUUUAUUAUGUCGGCGUGGUGGUUGGGAUUCUGCACGGCGUGGAUGCUUACAUCUCCUACAGAUAUCACAAAGGAUAUCGAUAAAUUUCAGUCUUCUACUUGUCAUUGUUGUCAUUCCAUUUUAUAUUAAGUAUCUAUAUGCUCACGCUGUUGAAGAUUGCAAACCUUCUUUGAUAGCCAUAUAUUAUUUUUAUUUUAUCAGUAGCUGUAAUUUUUUGAAAAUAAAUACUCCGUUUCUUGAUAAAUAAUAGUUUAUAUAUGGCUAUCAAAGAAGUUGCAAUCUUCAACACACGCAAAUAUUCAAUAAUAAUCAAAAUCCAACAAAAGUAUAAAUUUUAGAUUUUCUACAGAAAUAUAUUUAGUUUCAUUAAUCAUUUGAAGGGGUGACUGAAAUAUAUUUUCCAAAGAACUUAGGUUGAAAUAUGAAGGUACAUUUUUUUUUUAUACCAGAAGGAAAUUUUGUACAAAAGUGGUUUGUUUGGGUGCCUCUGUCCCAUUCGUGUUAUUACCGUGAAGCAGUCGUGUUUGCAUGCUUGUGUUUCGGUUUGAAGGGUAAGAUAUGGCAGUUACCACUUUCCAUCAGGUGGACCGUCAGCUUGUGUUUGAAAUUUCCAAAAUUUACUUUGAUGUUAGUAUAUGCUGUAUUACCCGUGAAUUAGAGAGUAAAUAAUUAUAUCUACAUUCAAAUGCAUGAUAUAAGUAUUGCGUACCUACCAAAUAUGAUUCAAAUCCGUCCUGCUGUUAAGAGAUUGAGCAACAAACAUCCAUAUAUCUUUAACAACUUUCAUAUUAUUGCGACGACCUUGUUGGUCUAGCGGUUUAAUACACCGUCUCACUGGCAUCACCUUCCGAUGGCCGCGGGUUCGGUGUCCGCAUGUUUCCGUAAAUUGUUCCAUACAUUUAUGCUUAUCACUGUUUGUAUUAUUAAAGUUCUUCUUUGUAUAAUAUGUAUGUAUUAAAAAGGAAAUAAGCCCAUUAGUUGUUUAGUACCCAUACAAGCUCUGAUUAGUUUGGUACUAGAUGGAGUUGUGAAAUAUGUUUAUACGUUGUUUAUUAUAAUGUCCCUUGGGGGAAAUUGUAUGAUUUAAUUAAUUUAAUGUUAACUAGGCUAAUAAUGGUAAUUAAUAAUUAACACUAAUUAUUUAGGUAAAUUAAUAAGUCUUCUAUAUUGCAUUCGAAUUUUCGAAGUGUUUGGGUUAAAUUUUUAUAAGUGACUUAUCAUCGUCUAUUUAUCUAUGUUCACAAAUCGGCAUUGGUAUUUGUAGAUUUAAAAAAAUAUAUAUUAUUAUUACACAUAAUAGUAUGUAUUAAUGGAAAUACCUGGUCACGUGAAGCAUGGAAUAGUAGAUAGUAAGGGCAUAUGGCAUAAAAAAAUUUGUUCCUGAACACUGAGGGCUUAGACAUUGUCAUAGAAUAGAAAUAUUUGAACAAAUUUACACAAACUAUGUAUAUGUUAUAAUUUUUUUCUCUUUUCCAGACAACAUUUAUCUGAAUUUGUAUUAAUAGUAUUUUAAUGUUAUAUAUUUUUUUUAAAUGUAAGAGUAGGUAAAGAAAUUUAGUUUACAAUUGUUUCAACAAUAACCAAAUACUAAAAUGUGCUUAUUACAUAUUAAAUAUUUAUUUUACAUAAUAAAUG